AGAUCACAGCAACAACAACAACAACAACAACCUCAUCAUCCAGCAUCCUCCAGUCGGAUAUCCUUCUCCACAAACGAGAAACCACACACUCCGACUACAAACAUCCUCACACGCACCUAACGAAAAAACAAGAAAAACAACAACAACCGAUCAAAACAAGAAACAAGAAACAACAAAAAUUCAAAAAAAAAAAAACUCAUGGGCACACUCACAAAGACUCUCACUCAGACCAAUCCCAUGGCAUCUCGUUCACUUCAAACUCAUGCUCAAGUUAAACUCGACCCUCCAGAGCUAUCCUUCUCCAGAGCCACCCAAGCCUCUCUCGAUCGAUGGAAACUCGACCUCAACAACCUCCUCAGAGAUGCAAACAAGAGAUUUGCAGAUAUCGCCUGGGCACUCCAACCGGGUGCUGAAGAACUCAUCUGCGCUCACAAAGCCAUCAUCUAUGCUCGUGCCAGUGGCCAAUUCCAACUCAAAUAUCUCUCUGCACCUGCUCCCUCUCCUCAUUCUCGAUUACCAGGACUACCUUCAACCUCAUCAGUCUAUCUCAACUCUUCACUACGUUCAAUAACCCCUCAGUCUGCUAUCUCACACCAUCUCCGGCCCCCCUCACCCAGCGUAGCCAGUCUCAACUCGAUCGGAGGCUCUACCAGGCAACUCGCUCUUCUCAACGGCACCGAUCCUACCCUCUUCCAAUCCAUCUUGGAAGCCCUUUACACCGCAAAUGGACUCUCCGAGGUCUUUGCGUUCCUAUUCGAUGAUCAUGCCGCCGCUGAUAGUCCCGAGGCACGCACUGACAAACUCAGAAAAGAUUUGCUAUACAUGUGGCGAUCUAAACUCUAUGCAGACUGUCAAAUCGUCUUGAUCAACCAGCAAGACCUUGACAAUCCAACUGAAAACAGCACUUAUGAGCAAGAGGCCGUCUUCAGUGCCCAUCGCUCAAUCCUCUGCAGUCGCUCCCCUUACUUCGCAUCCUUGCUACUCGAUCCGUAUGCCGAUUCAAAUAACCGUGUCUUUACCCUUGCCUCUCCACCCUUCACACCUGCUUCCUUGCAUUUCUCUCUAGGUUAUCUCUACUGCGGCACAUUGGAUUUCUCCAAUCGAAACUUCGACCUAUCAACCGCCAUGCAGAUCUGGCGGAGUGCUCAGUACCUCGGUUUAGAGUUACUACGUGAGGAGGUCGAAGCCAAGAUCUCAGACAUGUGCCAUAACUUUAAGGAUUCCUGCAAGUCAUGCAUCAGUCGGAUCGGUCGGGUUUAUGCUUUCUCACUCGCGCUCGAUGUGGCUAGUAAACGACUGGAAAAAGCUGCCGAACCCUUCGUUGUCCAACAGUUUGGUACUAUCUGGAAUAAGGCGAUCGGAGAGCUUCAUUACGAAGCACAAACUCAUCUGGUUGACAUGGUCUGUCUCAGUAUCGAUCCGAACACGGUGAUCGGUGCCAUCCAAGGCUCCAAGCGACUCAAAGAUAGACUUGCCAGCGAACGCUCAGAUUGGGCGGAUCAUCUGUUAUCAAUGCUCGAACCAGUCGAUGAACAGAUAGGCGUGGUCUUGCAACAGAAGUUCCCGGCCGUCGUGACCUCCAAAGGUUUCUUGGAUCUCCUGGUCGGCGUGGGCUUCUCGAAUGACGUACUAGAGAGGGCCUUGAUUCUCAUGGUCCAAAAGCUUACAGAUGAAAACGCAGCUGAAACCUACCAAGUCCUGGUCGGCCAGGUCUUACUAAGGGAAGAUGGUUUGCCGAUGGAUGCACGUGUGAUUGUAGAAGAUGCCAAGGCAGGUGUACUGAAGUAUAUCAAGUCGCACUGGACAACCGUACGGGCUUUGAAUGGAUUUGACCCCUUGGAGAAUUGGGCCUUGAAGGAGAUUUCAGAUGAAAUCGAGGUACCUUUAGAGGACCUUUUACUUUCAACACCCGCACCAAGACCUCGCACUAAAACUGGAUUGCAAGCCUCCGCGUCAACCCCCAAGUUGAAUGCCCGUGAGGAUGUUAAGAGUAUCAGUGCGGCCUCAUUGCGGGCAUCCGUACUAAGUCGGAACGCUUCGCGAAAUCAACCUUCGCGUGCUCGACAGACUCCGGUUUCUAACCCAAAGGAACGCCUGGCAAGAAUUGUCACGAACGUCAAUGCAAACGGCCCUCGAACUCCUCGCACAUCCGAAAAUUCAACCCUUCACUCAUCUGCCCCUGCUCCUACCCCUAUCACCUCACCCCAACUUAAAGUUCAAACCAGUCUUUCAAAACCAUUUCCCACCUCGACCUCCAAUGCUCUCUUACCAGCUGAAAAUCGAGUAUCCCCGCCAGCCACAGUUGCAGUCAAGCAGAAAAGGCCACCUGCAAAGGUGACAGCGUCUAGCUCGACCACUUCAACCAAAAGCGUUACGUCACCUCAAUCCGAUGGAGCGCAGUCUUCUAAAACUGAUGCUGAUCCGAAAUCUCCCAAGAGUGGUACUAGCAAACCGACCGAAACAACAAUGUCAAGUUCUUAUUCAGCUGUCGCACCCAGGCGGACUCGUAUUUCCCGCCCUCCUAGUCCAGCUCAGAGUGCGACCUCGGUGGUAUCGACAAGAGCAGCUAGAUCCCGCAGCGGGUCCAAUGCUCCUAAAGUCCGGCGACCCACAGACCCCAAAAAACCACCGUCCGAGGUCGUUACUAGCAAGCCACCCAGGGCUCGGACGGCGACCGCUGGUUCGGCGGCUUCUACUCGCUCAGUAGCUGCAUCUGCAUCGUCAAUGGUCCAGCGCAAGAGCGUUGCGAACCAAAAGCCACCGGUGGUGCGGAAGAUUCCGUCGAGCAUGUCGAUACGAUCCGAUACUUCCAACACCACCAUUGGAGCUCAUCGUCCGCGCGUACCCACUAGUUACCAAAAGUUAGCCGCCCCGACUACAACUACCAAGCCCGUCACUCCCGCAGUCAAGAAAACUCCUCACAGCCCCGCCACACUCGCCUUCCCCUCAAAACCGGAUCGUCUUCGGACUACCAGUGCCACCGCUCGGACUGGGGCAGCAAUAAUCGCGCCACCUACUGUGCCCAAUCCAGUAUCUAAACGGCCGAGCUCAGUUACCUCGGUGCGGACGACGGUGUCGGCUAAGGCGUCCGGCUCAGUCUCAGGACUGGUCUCUCCCACCAGAUCUUCCACGCCUGGGACUUCAACGAAGAGUUCUUUGAAACCUAAGGCGCGUAACUCCGAGGUCCCACCUCUGCCAACACCAGCUGAGCGCUCAAGAAGUAACACUCCACAAAGGGUGAACAAAAUCUCUGGGACCUUGUCGCCUCGGGUGCCUCGCACGAGGAAGCCUUCAGCCCUAACCACAAGAAGCUGCGAGCCUACCGAGGUCCUUGCCGAUCUCACCGUUUCCUCCGAAGUCAGUGAUGCGCCCUCGCAUCAAUCUAAAAGCUCUUCUGUUUCCAAUUCGACCAUCAGGCUACCGUCCAGUCAAUCCCCUCCGGUUGACAUCCCAGCUGUGUCACCAUCUAGCACGAUCAUCGUGACCCCAUCGUCAUCGGCAACGAUUAGUCAGAUGAUGGGCCGGGCGGAUCGGCCGAUGAUGGCGGGUAUAGCGGGAGGGUCAAAUGGUGGUAGUGGACAGACGCCGUCGAAACCGCCGGGGACGGUACUUCUGAUUGGAAUUCCAUGUGUGGUAGCGACGACGACGACAGCGGCGGAUGGGCUGGCACAACCGGUGAAGUUUCGGGCGGUGGUGAAGUACUUGGGGGAGACGUUCUUUGGGCCGGGACAGUGGGUGGGGGUGGAGGUGGCGGAGAAGGAGGAGAUGGUCCACAAGGAUUGGAACGACGGGACGGUGGAUGGGGUGCGGUACUUCGAACUCGGCCAGGAAUCCAAGGAGUCCAAGCUGCGUCUCUUCCGCAACCUCUCGGCUACUCCCUCCGGAUCUGCUCCUCCUAACGACCGCUCCCAUUCCUCAACCUCCUCGUAUCUUAACUCCAACGGCCUUAAUGAGGACGUCGGAAGCGUUAACUCCCUUCGUCCCUCUUUCGUUAGCAAAUCUUCCUCUAAUCGCUCCCAUUUCUCCGCCUCUUAUGAGGACGAAAGACCCACUAGAGGCUUGUUUGUAAGACCUCAAGAAGUCAUCUUUGUCUUUUAAAAAAUUUAUUUGGUUCUUUCUUUUUGUUAUGUCUUUCUUUCGUGCACAUGUGUACUACUUUAUUGCUUUUAUCAGUCACAUACUUAUAUACUCGUUACUUACUAAUUUUUAAUUCCCUUAAUUUAUAUUCUCAUUAUUAUCAUUUGUUGGACACACACUCAUACCCCCCUUGCUUAUGUUUUUUUUUUUUU